AAUUUGACGAUGCAGCUAAUUUGCUUGCAGCAAAUCCUGACGCUACCACAAUAAGCAUCGAUGAGCCAGUUGAGAUCCCCAAGAAUCAGCACGGCUCUCUGCAGGAGCCAGGGAGAGAGGAGGAUGACGAAUUACUGGGGACUGAUGACUCCGAUAAAACAGAGCUGCUUGCGGGACAGAAGAAAAGUGCCCCUUUCUGGACAUUCGAGUACUACCAGACAUUCUUUGAUGUGGACACCUACCAGGUCCUGGACAGAAUCAAAGGUUCAGUUUUUCCAGUACCAGGGAAGAACUUUGUAAGGUUGUACAUCCGCAGCAAUCCCGACCUUUAUGGUCCCUUUUGGAUAUGUGCCACACUCGUUUUUACCAUUGCCGUUAGUGGCAAUCUCUCGAAUUUCUUCAUCCAUCUGGGCAAACCAACAUACCACUACGUGCCUGAGUUCCGAAAAGUGUCCAUAGCAGCGACGACGAUUUAUGCGUACGCUUGGCUUGUUCCCCUUGCUCUCUGGGGAUUCCUGGUGUGGAGGAACAGUAAAGUUAUGAACAUUGUCUCCUACUCGUUCCUGGAGAUAGUGUGUGUAUACGGCUACUCGCUCUUCAUUUACAUUCCCACAGCGAUUUUAUGGAUCAUUCCAGAAAAAGUGGUGCGCUGGGGGCUGAUGAUGUUCUCCCUGUGCCUUUCGGGGUCUGUUUUGGUGAUGACCUUUUGGCCCGCUGUCCGAGAUGACAACCGGAGGAUCGCGCUGGCGACCGUGGGGGCCAUUGUUCUGCUGCACGCCCUGCUGGCUGUCGGCUGUCUGGCGUACUUUUUUGAUGCCCCUGAACUGGAUUUUCCUGCACCUAUUAUCCCUGCUCACAAUGGAACAACAGCAAUAACAAAGCAUCAGUAAAUAAGGU